AUGAUCAACGGCAAGCGCCCUGUCCACAACGCUCGAGCCGCCGCAAAUGAGGCCCAGGAUGAUGACGUCACAUGCACGCGGCCGAUUCACCUGGCAGCGUCCGUGGGCUGCGCCGAAGUGAUCGACCUGCUCGCGCUCGCGGGCGCCGAUGUCAACGUGUCCGACCGCCACGGAAACACGCCCGUGGGUACCGCCGCGGCCAAGGGCUACCUUGACGCCGUCGAGGUCCUGCUGCGGCAUGGCGCAGGAGGCAGCGAUUUCACGCUUCUGACCGAGUCCCAGAAGAGAGGCAGGAAGAAGGGCGCGCGGCCACUCUCGUUCCUAGCCGCUGCCGGUGGCAACAUCAAGACCAUGGAAGUGCUGCUGGAGCGGGCUGGUGGGCCGGAGCAAGCACAAGCGCUGGUCAACGCCGUGGAGCCCAGGACGGGCAAGACGGCUCUUCACUUCGCUGCGGAAAAUGGGCGCGAGCUCAUGGUGGCCCUCCUGCUCAAGAAAGGCGCUGACAAGGAUGUUCUGUGCAAUUCCAAGCAAUCGGCGUUGCACUUGGCAGUGCUCAGCGGAUGUCUCACCGUUGUGCGCAUUUUGGUGGAGCACGGCGCCAAGGUCUUGUUCUCCGCAGCCGAAGCCCAGACGAAGAAGACCCCCGUUUCGCCACUCUUCCUAGCCGCUACCUGCCAGUCCAAGAAUAUGCUGUCGCUCUUCCUUGAGAUGGGUCUCGACAUCAACACUAUCGACGAAAAAGGUUGUACGCCGCUUCACGCUGCGCUCUAUGCUGAACACGAGAACCUGGCCUUCAUCGAAUUUUUUCUCGAGCACGGAGCCGACGCUAAGGCCGUGGACAAUUUGGGCAGAAGCGUCCUCCACUAUGCACUCAGGCGCUGA